AUGGCUACCAAGUCUAAGGCUAGGACAAUCAUCGUACGGAUGAUCUCCACAGCGAAGACCGGGUUCUUCUACACUACUCAAAGGUUACGUCUGGGUCCGAGGGUCGCUGCAGUCAAAUAUGAUCCCAAGGUCAAGGCACGAGUCCUUUUUGUGGAAAGCAAGAAGUCGGCGAAGUAG